AUGGCUUCACUACUAUUUCUCCCUCACGAUGGAAUCAUCCUCAAGAUAUUCCUCGUGGUGGCUUCAUUUCUUAUCGCUCCAUCUGUCUCUGCAGCAGUGGGAGUGAAGCUCAGCCAAAGGUCGCCGCCACCAUAUCAAAGACCUCAGCUGCUAGCUUCGAGACUCUUUGAUCGGGAUGAUUCAUCCUGUGCCCUUGAGAAUUACACGCAAUGUGGCAGCCAGGUCCCAGACAACUUAUGCUGCCCCGAUGACACCAAAUGCAUGAUCAUCGCCUCCAACACGACCAUCGUCUGUUGUCCCAAUGGAUCUGAUUGUGGCACCAUCAAACCUAUCGUCUGCAAUGUGGCCCUUCAGGAUACAGCGAAGCACCCAGGCUCACCUAUCCAAACCCUCGCCCUCAACGCCUCUAUGGAAACAUGCGGCAGUGCAUGCUGUCCGUUUGGCUAUAUCUGCGAAGGCGACUCGCAGUGCGUCCUCGACAAGUCCCAGGACGACUAUGACUACCUCAUGAUGGAGUCUAAGUCUAAGUCCUCUACAUCAAAGACCACAUCCACGACCACACUCGCGACCAAAACCACAUCCACGUCCACAUCCACGUCUGCAGCAACGUCUGCGCUGGUUGUGGAGACAUCCGAGGUGCCCAAUUAUGUUGUUCCGGAGCCGUCCUCAACAACGUCAACCGCUGCCACCGAGUCAUCCACCUCAGAUGACAACUCGGACGACGCCAAUAAGGGCAACACUACCCCUACCGGUGUAGUAGCUGCGGGCACCGUUGGCGGGGUCUGUUGCCUUGCUGCGCUUGGCAUAUACAUUUGGUUAAAAUGGUUUCGAAAGAAGAGAUCAUUCACAAACAGCCCACAAAAAACCUCAAGCGAGGAAUCUUGGGGCUACUUUUCUACCCCAGACAGCACACGCCGUGUCUGCCUUGCUCGGGGCCCCGAUGACAAGUUCAUCGUCACUCCUAGCACAGCUGGGUUCUCACCUCCUCCGGUUCUCCAGGAGCCUGGUUAUCGAGAUAACUCGGACCCUGUGGAACUCCCUGCGACGCCUGUUUCACUGUGCAUGUGGAUGAAUCUUGAGGAUGCGUCGGUGGAGGAACCCAAGUUGGCGUAUGUUGUGCCGGCCAAGCAUCCAAACCGGAGGUGA